AAUUAUGCGGCGGCGUCUGGUUUGCGGUGAAAUGCGAUUAGGUUUUGCUAAAAUAAUUGUAAUCUUUGAUUAUCCGAGGAUAUAGAAUAGCGACAAUAUGUGCACCGAAGGAUGCUGUCGUUCUGACUAAAAGCGAUAACCGGGCGCUGAGAGCAGCACACGGUCGGCGUCGCUGCCGUUACGAUGGGCGGCGACGACCCGGACCAUCCGGCCGCGUCGGCGUCGGCGUCCGCCGAGGACGUCGACCCGCGCCUCGACUUCCUCUCCGACUAUAUCAGCAAGAGCCUGCGCGUCAAGCUGGAGAAGUGGCAGAAGAUGAUGUCCUCGACGGACACGCGUGCCAUUAUAAUGGAUUUUAUUGACAAGGACCAGCAGGAGCUUCUGGUGAUCACCCAGACCAGCGCAGGCGGUCUGGUCCCUAUUAACGAGUUUCCGGCGGCACCGAAAGCCAAGAGUAUCUACUUCCUCAAACGUGAGAAGAAACCACUGCCCAGGAAGGACAUUCACGAGGCGCUGAUCUUCGGCGAUCUCUCCAACAACCCGCUCGAGCAGCUGUCCGUGCUGGUGGAAAACGUGAUGGUUCCGCUGCUGACGAACCCGGAGAAUCAGAAGGGCUGGCCCAAGGUGGUCUGUCAGGACGUGGAGAAGCACAUCAACGAGCUGAAAGGCACCAUCUACAGGAUGGUCGGACAGAUCAAAGGAAAGACGCUGCUGCCGAUGCCGAUCAACCGAGACCACGUGGCAGAGGCCGAGAGACGCGCUCUAGAAAACGGCGAGCUGGUGGACGUGGAGCUGAAGGGCUCCAUCGAGUCGAUGGUGAUCAAGUGGAACACGCAGGUGGACGAGGUGCUGAAGCGCGACUCGGCGGCGGCACUGGUCGGUGGCCAGAGUCCCGGACCGAUGGUCGAGAUCCAGUUCUGGAACAGCCGCUCGGAGAACCUCGAGUGUAUCUACGACCAGAUGAAGGAGGGUGACGUCAAAAAGAUGGCCAUCAUCCUGGAACAGUCGCGCUCCGCCUACUUCCCCGCCUUCAAGGCCAUGUUCAGAAACGUCGUCUCCGCGCUGACCGAGUCCCAGGACAUCUGUCUGCACCUGAAGCCGCUGGUGCCCCAGAUCGAGGCGUUCGAGUCGGCCGAUCUGACAGACGUGGACGUGCUGCUCCGCCCCCUGAUCCACACUGUGUGUCUGGUGUGGGCCAACUCGCGCUACUAUAGCACGCCCGGGCGGAUCAUUGUGCUGCUGCAGGAGAUCUGCAACAUGUUCAUACAGACGGUCCGGAAUUUCCUCGAUCCGGGAUCGAUAUUCCAAACGGAGGCCGAGGAAGCGAUACAGGGAGUCUACACCUCACUGCGAAUGUCCAAACUGUUCAGACAAGUAUACGAGGAGUACAAGGAGAAGCUGCCCAAGUUUUUCCCGUCUGCCGAGCACGUCAAGCUGUGGGAGUUCCAGCCGGAGCUGGUGUUCUCCCGCUUCAACCGGUUCGUGAAGCGGCUGGAAACCAUCAAGGAGUUUUUCGAGACGUCUCUGGAGUUUCUGAAGCUGGAGAAGGUGGAGGUGGGUGGUAUCCGCGGCAAGGCGCUCAGCUCAGAGGUGGUGGUCGUCUUCAACCAGUUCAACGAACACUACGCCCACUUCGCCGGAGUGAGUUACGACUGUCUGGACCCGGACGACGAGUCGUUUGUAGCCGACUACGAACAGUUCACGGCCCGGGUGCUGGACCUGGACCGGCGCAUGGCCACCUGCGUCUGCCAGGCCUACGACGACUGCGUCUGCAGCGAGUCGGCCUUCAAGCUGAUCACGAUGUGCGGGACGCUGCUGGAGCGGCCCGUCAUACGGGAGAACUUUGACUCCAAGUACACGCUGCUGCUACAGAUGAUACACACCGAGCUGGACGAGGCCAAGGUGGUGUACGACCGUCAGAUGGCGCUGGCCGAGGCCGGCUCGGUGCAGCUGGGACACAACAUGCCGCCGGUGGCCGGCCUGCUGAAGUGGAUGUCCGAGCUGCGAGGACGGGUGGAUAACACCAUCAGCAACUUCCGAGGACUGGAGCACCCUGUGAUCGAGUGCGACUCGGCCCAGCACCUGUACACCAAGUACGACGACCUCGUAACACUCUUGGCCGAACGGGAGCGUGCCGUCUAUGACGACUGGCAGGCUGGCGUCACGGAGCUGAUCCUCAGUAAACUGCAGCUGCCGCUCAUCACUAGGAGCGAGAACGUGGUCGAGGUCAACUUCGACCUGCAGCUGGUGAGUAUCCUUCGCGAGGUCAAGUACCUGCGGCAGCUGGAGCGGGACGACAUACCGGAGGAGGCCGGCAGGAUGGACGACAACGCCAUGAUGUACAGACAGUUUGUCUCCAACCUCGAGCUCAUCUGUAUCUCAUACAACAACCUGCGCCGUAACACGCAGCGGGUCGAGUUCAAGCUGAUCGAGAACCAGGUGAAGGCCAUCGACGAGCAGCUGGCCAAGGCCGUCGACGAACUCUGCUGGACUAGUGACGACGCCUGGGAUUACAUUCAGGAGACACGAGACCUCGUGAUGGACCUGUCCAACCGGGUAUCCAAGUCGCAGAGAAACCUGGAGGUCAUACGAGAGAUGCUGCUCGGUUUCGCCUCGAAGCCUCUGUUUGAGCGGAAGGAGGAUCGACAGAACACACUGCUCAACCUCGAGGAGAAGGAGGAGAGACUCAAGAAAACGUACGCUGCCAUCACCAAGGCUGGUGAGAAGAUCCACCGACUGGUGCGGGAGAACAAGAUUUACCUGAAGGCCGACGGAAAGUCGCGCGCCUGGAGGCACUACGUACACUAUGUCGACGGUAUUGUGGUGGACGAGUUUGCCAAGGUGGUGCAGUGCAGCAUGGGCUACCUACUGGACAACACCGACCCCAAGAUCAACACCCAGCCACUGAUGGAGGCGCGACUCGAGCUCAUCGAGCCCAACGUCCUCUUCAAACCGUCACUCGACUAUCAGGACGAGAACGGCUUCCUGGACAUCACCGAGGGCAUCGUGUCCGACAUCUUCAACAUGUCCACGCUGAUGAAGAAGCUGUCGCGCAAGGUGCACCAAAAGUCCUACCUGGAGGAGCUGGAGGAGAACGAGCGGCUGCGAGAGAUGCGCAACCUGCUGAUGAAUAACAUUCACAGCGUCAUCAGCCAGGCCAAGAACUACCGCAACUCUUUGGACCAGCACAGCUACCUGUGGACCGACGACCGGGCUGAGUUUAUGGAACAGUUCCUCAAGUACGGCCACCAGAUCACGCCGGACGAGAUCGAACAGUUCGGUGAGGACGGUAUUCCCGAGGCCGCGCCCACCCUGGACCAGUUCAAAGAACAGAUCGACAGCUACGAGAAGCUCUAUCUGGAGAUGGAACAAGUCGAGCCAGUGGUUACCUUCGAUACCUGGUUCAGACUCGACUGUAAGCCGUUCAAGGCGGCCCUUCUCAACACGAUAAAACGAUGGAGCCUGCUGUUCAAACAGUAUCUCAUCGACCAUGUGACGAAUAGCCUGCAGGGUCUGGCGGACUUUAUCACGGUGACGGACGCGGGCCUGCUGAACCAGGUGCAGGAGGGCGACUACCAGGGCCUGGUCACCAUGAUGGCCCACCUGAUGGCCGUCAAGGAGCGCACAGAGGCCACCAACACCAUGUUCGAGCCGCUCAAACAGACCAUCGAGCUGCUCAAGACGUAUGAUGUCGAGAUGGCCGAGGAGAUUCACCUCCAGCUGCAGGAGUUACCGGAGAAGUGGCGGAACACAGUGAAGCUCGGCAUACAGGCCAAGCAGCAGGUGGCGCCGCUGCAGGCCAAUGAAGUGGCCAACGUGAGGCGCAGCAUCGCCAGCUUCGAGCUGCGACAGCACGAGUACAGGGAGGCCUUCAGGAAGCUGCUCGUCUUCAGGUACGACUGUUCGACGCCGUACGAGAUCCUGGACAGCACCCACCUGGCCAUUCACGCCAUGGAGACGGAGCUGGCUAAGAUCUCGGCCUCGGCCGCCCUGUUCGAGGUCCAGAUUCCCGACUUCAAACAGCUGAAAAUGUGCAGGAAAGAAGUCCGACUCGCCAAGCACCUCUGGGAUCAGGUGUUUAUCGUGCGGGACAGCAUCGAGGACUGGAAGGGCACCCCGUGGAAGGAAAUCAACGUCGAAAACAUGGACAUCGAGUGCAAAAAGUUCUCCAAGGACAUUCGAGGCAUGGACAAGGAGGUACGCGCCUGGGACACCUACCUGGAGCUGGAGGCCACCGUGAAGAACAUGCUGACCUCGCUAAAGGCCGUCUCCGAGCUGCAGAACCCGGCCAUCCGCACCCGGCACUGGAAGCAACUGAUGGUCGCCACUAAGGUGAAGUUUGUGAUGGACGAGAACACCACGCUGGCCGACCUGCUGGCCCUCAACCUGCACGAGUUCGAGGACGAGGUGAAGAACAUCGUCGACAAGGCCGUCAAAGAAAUGUCCAUGGAGAAGGUUCUCAAGGAGCUGGAUGCCACCUGGACGAUCAUGGAGUUUGAACACGACAAACACGACCGGACGGGGCUGAUGCUGCUCAGGGCCUCCGAGGAGCUCAUCGAGACGCUCGAGGAUAACCAGGUCCAACUGCAGAAUCUGAUGACAUCUAAAUACAUCAGCUUCUUCCUGGAGGAAGUAUCCACGUGGCAGAAGAAACUGAGCAUGGCCGAUCAGGUGAUCUCGAUCUGGUUCGAAGUGCAGCGUACCUGGAGUCACCUGGAGAGCAUCUUUAUCGGCUCAGAGGACAUCAGGCAGCAGCUGCCCGAGGACUCGAAACGCUUCGACGAGAUCGACACCAAGUUCAAGGUUCUGGUGAAGGACAUCAACGUGACGUCGAACGUGGUGGGCGCCACCAACCAGGAGGGUCUGUACGAGCGGCUGGAGGCGCUCCAGGGACAGCUGACUCUCUGCGAGAAGGCGCUGGCAGAGUACCUAGAGACCAAGCGGCUCGCCUUCCCCAGGUUCUAUUUCGUCUCGUCGGCUGAUCUGCUGGACAUUCUGAGCAACGGAAACCAGCCGGAGCUGGUCGCCAAGCACCUGACCAAGCUGUUUGACUCGAUGGCCAAGCUGAAGUUCAAGGAGAGCGGCAGCACUGUUGCGAUGGGGAUGUGGGCCAAGGACGGAGAGUACGUCGAGUUCGACCAGGCCAUCGACUGCGUCGGACCGGUGGAGCAGUGGCUCAACAAGCUGUUGGACCGGAUGCGGUGCACGGUGCGCUACUACAUGACAGAGGCGGUGGUCACAUACGAGGACAAACCCAGGGAGCAGUGGCUCUUCGACUAUCCGGCUCAGGUGUCACUGGCCGGUACUCAGAUCUGGUGGACCACCGAGGUCAACAUCAGCUUCGGCCGGCUCGAGGAGGGAUACGAGAACGCCCUCAAGGACUAUAACAAGAAACAGAUAAACCAGCUGAACUCUCUGAUCACGCUGCUGGUCGGAGACCUGACCAAACAGGAGCGUCAGAAGGUCACCACCAUCUGCACCAUCGACGUCCACUCCCGUGACGUGGUUGGCAAACUGAUCGCUGCCAAGGUGGAGAGCAGCCAGGCGUUCAGCUGGCAGGCCCAGCUCCGGCACAGGUGGGACGAGGAGAUGAAGGACUGUUACGCCAACAUAUGCGACGCCCAGCUGCGCUACAGCCACGAGUAUCUGGGCAACACGCCGCGACUGGUCAUCACGCCGCUCACGGACCGCUGCUACAUCACUCUCACACAGUCACUUCAUCUGAUAAUGGGCGGCGCUCCGGCCGGCCCGGCCGGAACUGGCAAAACGGAGACCACCAAGGACCUGGGCAAGGCGCUGGGCAUCAUGGUCUACGUGUUCAACUGCUCCGAACAGAUGGACUACAAGUCGUGCGGCAACAUCUACAAGGGCCUGGCUCAGACGGGCGCCUGGGGCUGCUUCGACGAGUUCAACCGCAUCUCUGUGGAGGUGCUCUCCGUGGUGGCUGUUCAGGUCAAGUCGGUCCAGGACGCCAUUCGUGACAAGAAGGACCGGUUCAACUUCCUUGGAGACGAGAUCGUCUGCGUGCCCAGUGUGGGCAUCUUCAUCACAAUGAACCCCGGCUACGCGGGACGGACGGAGCUACCCGAGAACCUGAAGGCACUGUUCAGGCCCUGCGCCAUGGUCGUACCCGACAUAGAACUCAUCUGCGAGAUCAUGCUGGUGUCGGAGGGGUUCGUGGACUCUCGCCUGCUGGCCAGGAAGUUCAUCACGCUCUACACGCUGUGCAAGGAGCUGCUGUCCAAACAGGACCACUACGACUGGGGGCUGCGCGCCGUCAAGUCGGUGCUGGUGGUGGCCGGCUCGCUCAAGCGGAGUGACCGCGGUCGACCGGAGGACCAGGUCCUGAUGAGGGCCCUCCGAGACUUCAACGUGCCCAAAAUCGUGACGGACGACGUGCCCGUCUUCAUGGGUCUGAUCUUUGACCUGUUCCCCGCUCUGGAUGUGCCGCGAAAACGAGACAUGGACUUUGAGAAGUCAAUUAAAAAAGCGUGUAUUGAUCUCAAGCUGCAGCCGGAAGACGGAUUCACCCUCAAGGUGGUGCAGCUACAGGAGCUGCUGGACGUGCGACACUCGGUGUUCAUCAUCGGCAACGCCGGCACCGGCAAGACCAUGGUGUGGAAGACGCUCUUCCGCACCCACCAGAACCUGAAGCGGCGGCCCUACUUCAACGACCUCAACCCCAAGGCGGUGACCAACGACGAGCUGUUCGGCAUCAUCAACCCGGCCACGCGAGAGUGGAAGGACGGUCUUCUGUCGACUCUGAUGCGCGACAUGGCUAAUUUGACGACGGACGGCCCGCGGUGGAUUGUACUGGACGGAGACAUCGACCCCAUGUGGAUCGAGUCGCUCAACACCGUCAUGGACGACAACAAGGUGCUGACGCUGGCCUCCAACGAGCGUAUCGCCCUCACCCCGACGAUGCGGCUGCUGUUUGAGAUCGCCACUCUGAAACACGCUACUCCGGCCACCGUGUCGCGGGCCGGUAUACUCUACCUGAACCCGCAGGACCUCGGAUGGAACCCCUUCGUGAGCAGCUGGAUCGAGACGCGCGACAUCCAGUCGGAGAAGGCCAACCUGAUGAUCCUCUUUGACAAAUACGUGCCGGCCUGUCUGGAGGUGCUGCGCACGCGCCUCAAGAAGAUCACCCCCAUCCCGGAGAUAUCGCACAUUCAGAUGCUCUGCAAUCUGCUCGACUGUAUGCUGACGCCGGACCGAGUGCCGGCCGACUCUCCCAAGGAGCUAUACGAGCUCUACUUCUGCUUCUGCUGCGUCUGGGCCUUCGGAGCCAGCAUGUUCCAGGACCAGGUGGGCGACUACCGUACCGAGUUCUCUCGCUGGUGGAUGAACGAGUUCAAGUCGGUCAAGUUCCCCGCUCAGGGCACCGUGUUCGACUACUACAUCGACAAGGAGUCGCAGAAGUUCAUGCCGUGGUCGGCCAACGUGUCCUCGUUCGAGCUGGACCCCGACAUGCCGCUCCAGGCCGUACAAGUACCGACGCCUGAGACGACCCGCCUGCGGUUCUUCAUGGACAAACUGAUGGAGAAGCGGCACCCGGUGAUGCUGGUCGGCCCGCCGGGCUCCGGUAAAACGGUGCUCAUCAACGACAAACUGAGUCAGCUCUCCGAGGAUUACAUGGUGACACGAGUGCCGUUCAACUUCUACACCACAUCCGAGAUGCUGCAGCGAGUGCUGGAGCGGCCGCUGGAGAAGAAGGCCGGCAGAAACUACGGACCGCCCGGCAGCAAGAAGAUGGUCUACUUCGUGGACGACAUGAACAUGCCGGAGGUGGAUCUGUACGACACAGUCCAGCCGCACACAAUGCUGCGUCAACACCUGGAUUACGGCCACUGGUACGACCGCACCAAGCUCUCCCUAAAGGAGAUACACAACGUGCAGUACGUGGCGGCCAUGAACCCGACGGCCGGCAGCUUCACCAUCAACCCGCGACUGCAGAGACACUUUGCCGUGUUCGCUACCAGUUUUCCGGGCGCCGAGUCUCUGUACACCAUCUACAACUCGAUCCUGCACCAGCACCUGAGCAGCCCGCUCAACAAGUUCGCCCACCCCAUCGUCAAGAUGUGCAACAGCAUCGUGCAGUCGGCGUUCACGCUGCACCAGAAGGUGUCGCAGAGCUUCCUGCCCACCGCCAUCAAGUUCCACUAUGUGUUCAACCUGCGGGACCUCAGCAACAUCUUCCAGGGCCUGUUGUUCUGUAACAGCGAGUCGGUUAAGACGCCCAUGGACCUGGUCCGUGUGUGGCUGCACGAAUCAGACCGUGUGUACGGCGACAAACUGGUCGACGACGAGGACAACACCUCCUUCCAGAAGAUACUCACCGACAUCGUCAAAAAGGGAUUCGAGGACAUGGACGAGUCGGUGGUGAUGGCCAAACCCAACAUCUGGUGCCACUUCGCCAAGGGAAUCGGAGACCCCAAGUACAACGAGAUAAACGGCUGGCCGAUGCUGAGCCGGCUGCUGAAGGAGGGUCUCGAGUCGUACAACGAGAUCAACGCCGCAAUGAACCUGGUGCUCUUCGAGGACGCCAUGAUGCACGUCUGCAGAAUCAACCGUAUCCUGGAGUCUCCGCGCGGUAACGCGCUGUUAGUGGGAGUCGGCGGCAGCGGCAAACAGUCACUCUCCCGACUGGCGGCCUUCAUCUCCGGACUGGAGGUGUUCCAGGUCACGCUGAAAAAGGGAUACGGCAUACCCGACCUCAAGGCGGACCUGGCUGCGCUGUACCAGAAGUCGGGCCUGAAGAACGUCGGCACCGUGUUCCUGAUGACGGACAGCCAGGUGGCGGAGGAGAAGUUCCUGGUGCUCAUCAACGACCUGCUGGCCAGCGGCGAGAUCCCCGACCUGUUUCCCGACGACGAGGUCGAGAACAUCAUCGGAGCCGUCAGAAACGAGGUGAAGGCUGCAGGUCUUCAGGACACGCGCGACAACUGCUGGCGCUUCUUCAUCGACAAGGUGCGCCGCAUGCUGAAGGUGGUGCUGUGCUUCUCACCGGUGGGCACCACGCUCCGGGUCAGGGCCCGUAAGUUCCCGGCGCUGAUUAACUGCACCAACAUCGACUGGUUCCACGAGUGGCCGGAAGAGGCGCUGGUGUCCGUGUCGCAGCGCUUCCUCAGCGAGGUCAAGGAGCUGCCGGAGGACCUAUCUGCCCGGGCAGCCCAGUUCAUGUCCUACGUGCACAUGUCCGUCAACGAGAUGUCCAAGGUGUACCUUCAGAACGACAAGCGAUACAACUACACCACGCCCAAGUCGUUCCUCGAGCAGAUCGCGCUGUACAGCAAGCUGCUGCGCUUCAACGUCGAGGACCUGACGUCCAAGAUCAGUCGGCUGGAAAACGGACUGGAGAAACUGAAAAACACCAGCUCGCAGGUGGACGACCUGAAGGCCAAGCUGGCCUCCCAGGAGGUGGAACUCAAAUCCAAGAACGAGGCGGCCGACAAACUGAUCCAGAUCGUCGGCAGGGAGACAGAGACUGUCACCAAGGAGAAAAACAUCGCCGACGAGGAGGAGAAGAAGGUGAACGUCAUCACCAUAGAGGUGGGGAAGAAGCAGCGCGAGUGCGAGGCCGACCUGAUGAAGGCCCAGCCGGCGCUGGACGCCGCCAAAGAGGCCCUCGACACACUCAACAAGAAUAACCUGACGGAGCUGAAGUCGUUCGGCUCGCCUCCUCCCGCCGUGGUGAACGUCACCGCCGCCGUCAUGGUGCUGCUCGCCCCCGGCGGAAAGGUGCCCAAGGACAGAUCCUGGAAGGCCUGCAAGGUGAUGAUGGCGAAGGUGGACAGCUUCCUGGACGAGCUGAAGACGUACGACAAGGAGAACAUCCACGCCGAGUGUCUGAAGGCCAUCAGGCCGUACCUGGCCGACCCGCAGUUCAACGCCGACUUCAUACGCUCCAAGUCGCUGGCCGCCGCCGGUCUGUGCGCCUGGGUGAUCAACAUCAUCAAGUUCUACGAGGUGUACUGCGAGGUGGAGCCCAAGCGACUGGCUCUGGAGGCGGCCAACGCCGAGCUGGCGGCCGCCCAGGAGAAGCUGGCACAGAUCAAGGACAGAGUCAUGGCCCUGGAGGAGACGCUGGGCAAGCUGACUGCCGACUUUGAGGAGGCCACCUCGGACAAGAUCAAGUGUCAGAAGGAGGCCGACGCCACGGCGUACGUCAUUGACCUGGCCAACCGGCUGGUGGGCGGUCUGGCCUCCGAGAACGUCCGAUGGGCAGAGAGCGUCGCCAAGUUCCGUGAGCAGGAGACGACCAUUCCCGGCGACGUGCUGCUGGUGACGGCCUUCAUCUCGUACGUGGGCUGCUUCACCAAACAGUACCGCACCGAGCUGCUCGACAAAAUGUGGUUCCCGCGCAUCAACAAACUCGAGAUCGCCACCACUCCGGAGCUGGACCCUCUGUCGCUACUGACGGACGAGGCUCAGAUAGCUACCUGGAAUAACGAGGGUCUGCCCAACGACCGGAUGUCGGCCGAGAACGCCACCAUACUGACCAACUCGGACCGAUGGCCGCUCAUGAUCGACCCGCAGCUGCAGGGCAUCAAGUGGAUCAAGACGCGUUACGGCGCCGACCUGCAGGUGAUCCGACUGGGCCAGCGCGGCUAUAUGGACGUUGUCGAACAGGCCAUCUCCGGCGGAUCGGUGGUACUCAUUGAGAACAUUGGCGAGUCGGUCGACCCCGUGCUGGACCCUCUGCUGGCCAGGAACCUCAUCAGGAAGGGGACAGCGAUCAAGCUGGGCGACAAGGAGGUGGAGUACAGUCCCAACUUCCGUCUGAUCCUGCACACCAAGCUGGCCAACCCGCACUACAAGCCCGAGAUGCAGGCGCAGACGACGCUGAUCAACUUCACCGUGACGCGGGACGGCCUGGAGGACCAGCUGCUGGCUGAGGUGGUCAAGGCAGAGCGGCCCGACCUCGAGGAACAAAAGUACAACCUGACGAAGCAGCAGAACGAGUUCAAGAUCCUGCUGAAGAAGCUGGAGGACAACCUGCUGUCUCGCCUGUCGUCUGCGGGCGGUAACUUCCUGGGAGACACGGAGCUGGUGGAGAACCUUGAGUACACCAAGGCCACCGCCGCCGAGGUCCAGGAUAAGGUGAUAGAGGGCCGUGAGACGUCCAUCAAGAUUGACGAGGCCCGUGAGCUGUACCGGCCGGCGGCCACACGCGCCUCGCUGCUCUACUUUAUCCUCAACGACCUGCACAAAAUCAACCCCAUCUACCAGUUCUCGCUCAAGGCGUUCAGCGUGGUGUUCCACAAGGCGAUGACAGACGCCGUGCCGGCCGAGGAGGUCAAGGACCGCGUGGAGAACCUCAUCGACAGCGUCACCUACAGCGUCUUCAUGUACACGACACGCGGCCUCUUCGAGUGCGACAAGCUCAUCUUCACCGCACAGAUGGCUUUCCAGAUUCUGCUGACGAGUAAGGAGAUCCAGUUCCCGGAGCUGGACUUUCUGCUGCGGUUCCCCAUCACGCCGAACGUCACGUCGCCCGUGGACUUCCUCACCAACGUGCUCUGGGGCGCCAUCAAGUCGCUGAGCAGCAUGGAUGAGUUCAAAAACCUGGACCGCGACAUCGAGGGCUCGGCGAAGCGCUGGAAGAAGUUCUGUGAGUCCGAGCUGCCCGAGAAGGAGAAGUUCCCGCAGGAGUGGAAGAACAAAACGGCGCUGCAGCGUCUGUGUAUGAUGCGCGCGCUCCGUCCCGAUCGGAUGACGUACGCCGUCAGGUGUUUCAUCGAGGAGCGUCUGGGCUUCAAGUACAUCGAGGGCCGCAGCGUGGAGUUUGCCAAGUCGUUCGAGGAGUCCGGGCCGUCCACACCCAUCUUCUUCAUUCUGUCGCCCGGCGUCGACCCGCUGAAGGACGUGGAGAAGCUCGGCCGUAAGCUCAAGUUCACGUUCGACAACCGCAACUUCCACAGCGUAUCGCUGGGCCAGGGUCAGGAGGUGGUGGCUGAGGAGGCGCUGGAGGUGGCCGCCAAACACGGCCACUGGGUCAUCCUGCAGAACAUCCACCUGGUGAAGAACUGGCUCCCGCGUCUGGAGAAGCGCAUGGAGACCAACAGCCUGAACGGACACAGAAAGUACCGCGUGUUCAUGUCGGCAGAGCCGGCCGCCACGCCCGACGCACACAUCAUACCGCAGGGUAUUCUGGAGUCGGCCAUUAAGAUCACCAACGAGCCGCCGACUGGGAUGUUUGCCAACUUGCACAAGGCGCUGGACAACUUCAACCAGGACACACUGGAGAUGUGCUCCAAGGAGGCCGAGUUCAAGUCGAUCCUGUUCUCGCUGUGCUACUUCCACGCCGUGGUGGCCGAGAGGAGGAAGUUCGGACCGCAGGGAUGGAACAGAAACUAUCCAUUUAACGUCGGCGACCUGACGAUCAGCGUCAACGUGUUGUACAACUACCUGGAGGCCAACAGCAAGGUGCCGUGGGAGGACCUGCGGUAUCUCUUCGGGGAGAUCAUGUACGGAGGACACAUCACUGACGACUGGGACCGACGGCUCUGCAAGACCUAUCUGGAGGUCUACAUGCACCCUGAUCAGCUGGAAGGCGACCUGUUCUUCGCUCCCGGUUUCCCGAGUCCGCCCAACUCGGACUUCAAGGGCUACCACGGCUAUAUUGACGAGAAUCUGCCGCCCGAGUCGCCCUACCUGUACGGACUGCACCCCAACGCCGAAAUCGGAUUUCUGACGGCCACCUCUGAUAACCUGUUUCGGACGGUGUUUGAGCUCCAGCCGCGCGACUCGGGGGGAGGCGCCGGAGUCACCGUCACACGAGAGGAAAAGGUGAAGCAGAUCCUGGACGACAUCGUGGACAAGCUGCCCGACGAGUUCAACAUGGCCGAGAUCAUGGGCAAGGUCGAGGACCGCACGCCCUACGUGGUCGUCGCAUUCCAGGAGUGUGAGCGGAUGAACAUGUUGACUGGGGAGAUCCGACGUUCUCUGAAGGAGCUCGACCUCGGGCUCAAGGGCGAGCUGACCAUCACUGCCGAGAUGGAGGACCUCAGUAACUCCCUGUUCAUGGACACGGUGCCCGCCUCGUGGACCAAGCGCGCCUACGCGUCCAUGCACGGCCUGACAGUGUGGUACUCGGAUCUGCUGCUCAGGGUCCGGGAGCUCGAGAACUGGACCUCGGAUUUCCAGCUGCCGGCCUCUGUGUGGCUGGCGGGCUUCUUCAACCCGCAGUCGUUCCUCACGGCUAUCAUGCAGAGCACGGCCAGAAAGAACGAGUGGCCGCUGGACAGAAUGUGUCUGCAGUGCGACGUCACUAAGAAGAACAAGGAGGACUUCUCUUCGGCGCCCCGCGAGGGCGCCUACGUGCACGGUCUGUUCAUGGAGGGCGCCCGCUGGGACACGGGCGCCGGAUCCAUCGUCGACUCCAAGCUCAAGGAGCUCUACCCCAUGAUGCCGGUCAUAUUUAUCAAGGCCAUGACCCAGGACAAGCAGGACACCCGGAACGUGUACGAGUGUCCCGUCUAUAAGACGCGGAUGCGCGGACCCACCUUCGUCUGGACGUUCAACCUGAAAACGAAGGAGAAGGCCAGCAAGUGGGUCCUGGCCGGAGUCGCCCUGCUGCUGCAGAUUUAGGCACUCCGGUCAACCUUUAGUCAGCGCUUAGUCAACUAUACAUACUCAACGUCUAGUCAACGUCCGACCGUCUAGUCAGCUUCCCAAUUUCUUUGUGGGACGGUUUUCGCGUGUCUGUGAUAUCAGAAUCGUGUGAUUGCGGUGGGCUAAAUUGAAUGUCAGCUAGUCGCAAGCCGUGACGAAAAUGGCUUAUAGAGGAGACGAUAGAAAAAUGGCAAGUUGUGCUGAGUGACGGCACGUCUGUUACAUUUACCGGGAGGCAUGCCCUUUAUCCACCCCACCCUAUGCUGUUAAAAAAUGUUUAACGUUUGUCUUUGUUCCUAUUCGAUCCCGAGAAAAAAAAAACACGAUUGGGGACAAUGAAGUCAUGUUAGAUACAACGUUCCGUCCACGUUACUCCCCCGUCCAUCUUGUAGCAUUGUUAUCCCAUUGUCAUCGAGCUUCAAAUUUCCGGUAUUGAAACAUAUCAUAUUGGCAUUCUUAGCAUGACCAUAUUUUUGUAGAAUGUCGCUUGUUACGAAUGAAACCCACCUACCUAUAAUAUACAUAUCAAAUAAUUGAGAAAUAUAUUUGAUCUCGAACAA